ACUCUCCCCUCAGACAUGGCCCUGAGCAGAGAGACAUUCUAUUUUGGUUUUGCUUUGUUCUUCAUUGUAGCUCAACUGCCGCCAGGGUCCUGGGCAGGACUUGAGUAUUCCCAGUCAUUUCCAGGAGGGGAGUAUUCAGUGUGCGAGACGUGCAGGCUUGGUCGGGGAAAAUGCAGGAGGAUGUGCAUGGACAGCGAGAAGGUUGCUGGGAAGUGCAAGCUGAACUUCUUCUGCUGUCGGGAAAGGAUCUGA